UUGACAUCACGUUUAGUCGACACCGAGGUGCACGUGCGGAGAAAUGGCGGAUUACGAGAAAUGCGGAGAUUGUUCGUUCGACUAUGGCGAGGACAGACAAAAGGGCGUUUGCGUGAUAAAAGAGGAAUUUAUUAUCGAGGAUCAUGUAAGACAGUUGAGUGAACAGUGCUUGACAGAGACCGAUAAGCAGAAGGUGUCUGCGGACGCAGGUACAGAAGACACGGAUGUGGCAUCGUGGGACGAGAUACCUGUUAAAAAACCCAAGUUGGACGACAAGAGAGAGAAGCUGAGGGGUCAGAAUAAGGCGAGGCCGCCUCCGUUCAAAGCUCCCAGGGAAUUGAGUCUGUGCCCGUGGAUCGCGGAUCAAACGGCAAGCGAGCCUGAGAGGAAAUGCUCGAAUCAGCGAUGUACUUUUCUGCACGAUCGAAAGGAGUAUCUGAAGAUCAGGCCGGAGGACAUAAGGGCGGAAUGUCAUAUUUUCGAUUUGACCGGCAAGUGCCCGAGGGGAAUCACUUGUAGAAUGGGCUCGCGGCACUUGACCGAGGACGGUUUUAACGUGGUCGACGAGAAGAAGAUGGAGGAGUACAGAAAGCGUCCGCCGGCCAUCAAAAAUCACCUGUCUAAGGAUCUGCAGAAUAAAUUGCGCAAGCGGAAGUACAAUUUUGCCAGGGCGGAAGCAAUCGUCAAAGUCAACGGUCCGUCCGGGAAAAAGACGCAAGUGCAGAACUCGAAUAUUAAAGUAGAGAACGAUACAAAGGUGGACGUCGCGACUAAUAUUUCCGGCAACAGCAACGGCGAGAAAGCGGAGAAGAAUAUUUCGGACGACGCGUCUGACGUGAAUACCGAGACGGAUAAUUCCGAUACCUCGCACAAGACGAAGGAAUUGAAACUCGGACCCGUGGACGACAGCGAUUUGAUCAAGUUGCGACGGUCGGAGAAGAGGACGAUCGACUGGGGCGGCAAGAUACUGCUCAGUCCUUUGACUACGGUGGGCAAUCUACCGUUUCGAAGGAUCUGCAAGGAGUACGGCGCGGACAUCACCUGCGGCGAGAUGGCACUGGCGCCGAAGAUACUGAAAGGCACGCAGGAGGAAUGGGCGCUGGUGAAGCGGCACGAGAGCGAGGACAUCUUCGGCGUGCAGCUCUGCGGCAAUAAUCCCGGAGUGUUGGCGCGCUGCGCCGAGCUGCUGAACCGCGAGAUCGACGUGGACUACAUCGACCUGAAUCUCGGAUGCCCGAUCGAUCUGAUUUACAGACAGGGCGGCGGCAGCGGUAUGCUCAAUCGAUUGAACGUACUCGAGACCGUGGUAAAGUCCGUUAGCCAGGUGUUGGACAUACCCUUGUCCGUUAAGACCAGAACUGGGGUCUACAUAGACAAACCGAUCGCGCAUAAUCUAAUGCCGAAGUUUCGAGACUGGGGUGUGUCCAUGAUUACCGUUCACGGCAGGUCGCGUGAGCAAAGAUACACGAAACUGGCCGAUUGGGAGUACAUAGAAAAGUGCGCGGUAGCGGCGCAACCGGUAUCCGUGUUCGGAAACGGCGACAUCCUGUCCUUCGAUGACUAUCGUCGUGUAAAGGAGACCUACCGGUCGGUGCAGGGGAUCACCGUCGGACGCGGAGCGCUGAUCAAGCCGUGGAUCUUCACCGAGAUAAAGGAAAGAAAGUUGAUCGAUAUAUCGAGCAGGGAGAGAUUCGACAUUCUCAAAAAGUAUGCGGAUUACGGGCUGGAGCAUUGGGGCUCCGAUACCCGCGGCGUCGAGACCACCAGGAGAUUCAUGCUGGAAUGGAUCUCCUUCCUUCACAGGUAUAUUCCUGUUGGAAUUUUGGAGAGACCACCGCAGCGGAUUAACGAGAGACCGCCGUUCUAUCGGGGCCGCGAUGAUAUGGAGACGCUGAUGGCCAGUUCCAACUGUGCCGAUUGGGUGAAAUUAUCUGAGAUGUUACUCGGAAAAGUGCCUGAUGGAUUCCACUUCUUGCCGAAGCACAAGGCAAACUCGUGGAAAUAAUCUACCGCGGGAAGAACAGUUUCAUAGAAAAAUAUUUCCCGAGGUGACUAAUCUUACAUUGUUGAUGUUUCGCAAUAAAUGAUAAGGGAGGAGGAUUGAUCAUGGUAAGACAA